AUGUACCAUCUCGACGACGACUACUUUUCGAGAUUCAAUCAACCGAGCUCAUCGACAGUUCAGUUUCCGUCUGAAUCAUUGCGCUACGGUGGACAACAGCCGAACUAUCAACAACAACAACAACCACAUCAGUCGCACGGUUAUUUUGACGAAUCGCUGAACACUCGAACGCGAUCACAUUCAGCAGACGCUCGACGAUCAGCAUUCCAGCACCAACCCAGAACCUAUUCCGAAGAGCACGACAACUACACAAACACCUGGAACGGAACUCCACUGCGUUCUACUGAAGUCAAUUUUCCGUCACAACAACGACGCCCAGCAUCGACAACUCCUUGGGCAUAUUCGGAGCACACUUUAAACGUACCAUCGAGCCAGAGCUUUUCGGAACAUUUGCGUGAGCGAUCACCAGCCAGUGGUUCGGCACUCCUCGAUCUUCUUUCGCGCUAUCCAUCAGCACAACAUUCAAUCAGUAAUUCGCCUUCUCUUCAAGCCUAUCUUGAAGACAAACGUUACAACUAUUCGAGUUCGAAGCCCGCUUUUGAAUACACGGUUAGAAACGAGGAGCCCAACGUAACUCGAACCACUGCAAUUUAUCAGAACGUGAUUCCCGCUAACGGCGCUUCUCCGCAAACUUUUCAUCAACGUAUUCAAACGACUUUCUCGUCAAACGGUCCGAUUUCAACGUCAUUUUCGAACACCAAUAAUUAUAACUACAACACUUAUCAUCAGGAUCAACGACAACAGGAGCCGUACAAUCCGCCACACGAAACUCAACAAAUCCAUCAAACUCAGCAGCAAUAUUUCAAUAGGAAACCAGACACUGAUCAGUUGGAGUUACUUGCGGCACGACUGCUUGAUGACAAUAUGAGCCGGAGCACAUCCGAAUGGAGCAAAUCAUUUGGAGAGCUUCAAAAUCGAUUUCAAACAUUGCAAACCAAUAACAACCAUCAUGAUUUUGCGACAUCUGGAUCGCUGUCGUUGCCGAGAAGAGUUGCCAAGUCUUCGAGCAAUUAUGAAGUGCAAAAUUCGGUGUUGGGACGAGCUGUCGAGAGAAGAGCAGCCGAAGCACCAGAGCCGAGAAGAUCGGGUGCACUGGACAAUUUUUGGUGUCAAACAAUUAGCUCACGACCGUCAUCGCCGACUAUUCAACGAAUUCCAACGAGCUUGACAGCCGCGGAACGAUUGCAAUUGUUACAGGAACCAAUUGAAACCGAUAAGCGGCAAACUCAAAAAGUUGGCAACGGACAAGGCGUUGCUGCGAGAAAAGCGCAAUUAAUGGCAGAUUCGACCGACACUAUUGAUUUCAACAACAAACCGCGAGUGCCAUUGAAUCCAUCGUUUCCAUCCAACUCAUUCUUGUUGAAUUUUAAUGAGCUGGAUAAUGCGGUGAGCGAAUUGAGUAAUGCCGCACGGAAUAACGCGUUCAAUGGAGAUAGCCGAAGAGUUGGGGGAUGUGGGCGAUUCCCUACUGGAGAUCACGCGUUUAGUCCGCCGCCAUUGAAUCAGCAGCAGCAGAAAACUCUAAUUCCGGUUCAACGCAAAAUCCACUCACCGUCACCAACCGAAGACAACAGUGACAGUUCAUCUGUCUACCAAAUCCCUACAGGACUACCACAUCCAAAGCCGAAGCACAAUGUUAAAGAGCAGCUUUAUCUCGCUGGUGUUCACACACCUAAUCAACAAAUGUCCCGUUCCAUUUAUCGCAAUGGGCCGAACUUUCCAGUGCCAACUACGGGAAGUGUCGCGUCGCGUAUCACGGAGUUCGAGAAACGCCCAGGAACACCUACAAUCCAAUUGGCUUCAACUAUAAAGUAUCAUGAGAGAUCGCCAACACCAAGUGCAAAUGGAGGAAAUAUGAGCCCAAGAAGUGCUGUGUUUCGUGCGAAACCUGUAAUCCAUGUGGACCUCGGAACAGCAAACCAUAUGGGCGAUUACCAACCAACACCACCAGUUCGACACGUGCAAAUUCACUCGAUUCAAAUCCAGCAGGCAGCGAGGCCGGUACAAAAGCAGUACAACUCGACACACUCCAUUUUCGACUUCAAAUCUAAUCAAUUAAAGUGCUGUUUCAACACAUUCCGACGUUCGACAGCCGAUGGUGCUCGUUGCGAGGAUGAUUUCAACUUGACGGAAGUCGGAAGAACAUUUUCGUUCGAGUCGCUUGCUACUCGAGAGCAUUUGUUUCUCCACUUCACAUUCAUUCCAUUUAUUUUCGCGAGCGCUUUUGUACUCCACAAAUGCGCGGUGUGUUAUCAUUCAAACAUGUUCGAUGUUCGCCAGCGAAUAGUGCUCUCAUGA